CCAUGAUGAAAAUUUGGGAGUAAACAUCAAAAAAAAUGUUACGGAAAUUGACUGUAAACGCUUCCAAUCGAGGGCCUAUCGACUAAUUAAUCUGUUCUCAAUUUUUUCCUGUGUGUAGAGCACCAUCUUGACACAUAAUGGAGUUCAAAAGUGCCGUGUAUAACGCAGCCAGAGAGGGAAAAGUAUGUCGUCUAAAAAUGUUCCUCGAUCACAAAAAUGAGGAGGAAGUGAAGAUGUUAUGUCAUGCUAAAACCAACGGUGGUACUCCUCUCAUUAUGGGAUGUCGACAUGGUCAUAUAGACGUUGUUGAAUACCUCAUUGACUCUUGUAAUGUGGAUAUUGAACAGACAGGUUCAGUGACAUUUGAUGGAGAAACGAUAGAAGGAGCUCCGCCCCUUUGGAGCGCAGCUGCUGCGGGCCAUAAGCAUAUUGUUGAGUUUUUGAUAUCAAAAGGAGCUGGUGUGAACAAUACAACAUUUACCAACUCAACACCCCUAAGAGCAGCAUGCUUCGAUGGCCAUAUAGAAAUCGUCAAGUAUCUCUGUGAGCAUAAUGCUGACAUAGAGGUUGCGAAUAGGCACGGUCAUACAUGUCUCAUGAUAUCUUGCUAUAAAGGACACAUUGAUAUCGUCAAGUAUUUGUUGGAGCGCAAAGCUGAUGCCAAUAGGAAAAGUGUGAAAGGUAAUACAGCUCUGCAUGAUUGUGCUGAGUCUGGGAGUUUAGAUAUAAUGAAACUACUGCUUGAGCGCUCAACAAAGAUGGAGAAAGAUUCUUAUGGGAUGACUCCACUCCUUGCGGCUGCUGUGACUGGCCAUACUAACAUUGUUGAGUACCUGACUGACUCUGUCCAUUGUGAUAAAGCUGAGCGCAUAGAUGCCCUUGAACUCCUUGGGGCUACCUACGUUGAUAAAAAGCGCGAUAUGCUAGGAGGAUUGCACUACUGGCGUCAAGCUAUGGAAGAACGCUUUAGUGACCCCAUACAUUUAAUGCCAAAACCCGAAACAUUAUCAAAGAUUGCUGCGUAUGAAAAUGCAACUGAAGUGACAAAUAGGCUGCAGCUUGAUGAGCUCAUAUCAGACCCUGAUGACAUGCGAAUGCAAGCUCUGUUGGUGAGAGAGCGUAUACUAGGGCCGGCUCACCCUGACACGUCCUAUUAUAUACGCUACCGUGGGGCUGUUUAUGCUGAUCUUGGCAACUUUGACAGGUGUAUAACACUUUGGAUGUAUGCUCUGGACAUGCAGCAAAAGCUUUUGGAACCUUUGAAUCCAAUGACACAAAGCAGCUUUCUCUCUUUUGCUGAGUUAUUCUCAUUCAUGAUGUCAGAUAAUCGGUCACGUCCAGCGCAGAAUGUUCCAUUCAAUGACAUCAUGGCUGUGUAUGAGGAGUGCAUCAAUGAGAUUGAUAGAGGCAGUAAACAUAUUCAGUCUGUCAAUAUCACAGAACGUGACCAUACAAACUAUAACCGGCUAAUUCUAGUCGUUUUACACUUAAUGUGCCUCAUCUGUAAAACAAAACGGAGUAUGCGAUCGGAGCAAGAUUUUUCAUUCAAGAAACUUGCGUACAAACUUGUGAAAAUGAAUCCAUUGGGCACAAAGGGAUAUUCACUCCUUCAUAUGGCAUGUGCUAAAGAAACUACAUCUGUUGGACGCUAUCCAGUUUGUGCCUUCCCCUCCAUUGAAGUAGUCAACAUUCUUCUUGAAGUUGGAGCCAAUAUACAUGCUACAGAUAUAGAUAAUAACACUCCGCUUCAUAUAGCCGCCAUGAAUAAGCCAAGCAAGGUGGAAGUUGUCAAGUUAUUGCUCAAUAAUGGCGCUCAUGUAGACACAUGCAAUAAUGAACGGCAAAAUCCUAUGCAGAUUUUACGCAGUGCCUCCCAGGCCCCCCUACCUAUAAGCAUUGUAAACUACAUCAGCCUUCAAUGCUUGGCUGCCCAAACUAUCAUGCAAUCUAAGAUAAACUAUGUGGGAAGUGUACCUAAAAAGAUGGAAGAUUUCUUGAAAAUGCACUAGCAUCACACUCGUGCAGCAUGUCUGGUGUAGGGUUGGUUAAAUCCCAUGUUCAGACAAAACCACAAAGCUCACCAUUCAUCUAUUAUUUUACUCGACAAUUGGCUAAGAGCACAUAUAGCAUAUCUUAUCUGAGUCUGCUUUUAGAAAAUGGCUCAUGAAUAUAAGUUUGUAAUCACACGCCAUCUUUUAACUAACAUCUUGGCUUUUCUCAGGUUGAGGUUUGAAUUUGCUAGGAUUUUUCAGAUUUUAAUAAGUUUUAAGUAACUAGGAUUUUGCAAAUUAUUAUAGCCUCAAAUGAAGGCUAUGAUUUCCAUACAAACAAUUGGUACAAUUUGUGCAAAAACAGAACUCUUCCAGAUAACAUGUCAUAAUUUGUCAUUGUCAAAUCUAAGUCAAGCAUAGCAAGUGGGAUGUGAAACUAACUAGUGAGAUAAAAGACCAGCUAGUGAGAUGUUACCACCAUUGAACAACAGAUGUUACCAUUGUUACCAUUGUUGAACACAGGAUAUAACCAUUGAACUUCAGAGGUUGCCAUUAAACACCAGGUGUUGCCAUUGAACACAGGGA